AUGCCCAGGGUUCAACGCUCACCUCCUUCGAUGUCGAACAUAAACUUAGCGGAAACGCAGUCUGAACCUGAUUUAUCGAAAUCCGUAUUGGAGAAUAAGGCAGUGGAUGAUAGUGUCAACUUACCCCCUCGGAAUAAACGGCCAAGAACGGAGGUGUCACCUGUAAAAUCUGACAUAUUGGAUAUGAUAUAUACUCGUGAUGCUAACCUAAUGAAGCUUAUUGAAAAUCAAAAUUGCGUUCUGAAUAAACUAGUGGCAGAUGUUGCAGAAAUAAAAUCUCAAAAUGCGCAGAUUCAAAAAACGAAUCAAGAUAUAGAAAAUUCUAUCAGUUUUAUAAAUCAGCAAUACGAAGACAUGAAGCUUAGAAUCGAAAUAUUGGAAAAAGAACGGACUGAACUCAGAAACUAUACGGAAACUUUGGAAAAUAAAUUAAGGGACCUUCAGUUAAAUGCACGAAAUGCGUCAAUAGAGAUAAGGAAUGUACCAGCCACGGAUAAGGAAACAUUCACGGAUCUUGUUUCGAUCGUAACAAAAAUCGGCAUGACAAUUGAUCGAAACGUUUCUCUUUCUGACAUACGAGACGUUCGUCGUUUGCCGGCAAAACCAGGCGCCAAUAAACCCAUAAUUGUAGAAUUUGUUUGCGUACAAACAAAACACCAAUUUUUGGCAUGUUCUAAGUCAUUUAAUAAGAAAAAAACAAAUGAAGUGAAACUCAACACGUCUCACAUUGGAGUUCCUGGCGAGCAAAGGCCUGUAUUUGUGGACGAGUAUCUUCCACCCACAAUGAAAAAGCUUUUCUAUUAUUCCAGAGAGUUUGCGAAACAACAUAAGUACAUGUUCUGCUGGUCUUCAAAUGGCAAUAUAUUUCUACGUAAAGAACUCACGACCAAACAAAUUCUAAUCAAAACCGAACAAUGCUUAGCUAAUUUACUGAAGCAGUCGCAGUGA